UGCGAGUUUGAAAACUCGGGAGAAUUCGUGAAUAACUCGGGAAAGUGGGACAGGCCCUUAACUCCGGAAUUUUACGUCUACCUUCGAUUUAAACCAGCAUCUGCAGUUCUUUCUUACACAUAGAAAAAAAGUGAGGUAAUGUUACUGUAAAUCCAGCAUUUUGAUGAAAAAAAGAACUCUGUUGCAAGUCAAGACCGAAAUGUAAAAAAUAUAUAUAAUAUUUUAAAAAAUGAUACAUUUUGUAUAAAUCAGCAAAUGUGGAAAAUUGUGCUUGGUUCUCCGACCUUGCAGGGAGGGGUGUGUUGGACGGGACAUCCCACCCUUUCCUUGCUGCCUGCCCGGCUGAGUUACUCCAGCAUUUUGUGUCUUAUCUUCGGCUUAAACCCGCACCUGCAGUUCCUUCCUGCAACCAUCCCACCUGCUGCUCAGACAGACCGUCACGAGUAGUGGCGGUGGAGAGGAGAGGAGAGGAGAGGAGUGCCGGCCGCCGCUCUCAUGUGCCUCGGUGCAAGUCCAAAAUAGGAAGUCCCGCGGGCAUUCACUGGCAGAUUUUCGCAGGAGAGUUGAGCAUGAAACUUCUUGUGAGCGUCGGUGGAAACUUUUAGAGAGCUGCAGCGGCAAGAGGAGGCGGUGUCAAGUCAAGUCAACCAGACAGACAGACACAGACAAGCCGGCGGGGUGAUGGAGACCGCCGAGCGGGACAGUCCGGCCGCCGGCAACGAUUCACUCCCUUGCGCUGCGACACAAGAGAGAGGGACAUUGCCCGGUGCAGCGGACAGCCGGGAUCUCCCCGGGGAGACGGGCCGAGUGGCCAGGCCGCCUCCACGACGCAGCCACACGAGCAUGGAGUCCUGCUUGAACUAUAUCUCAAUGAAACUGAUAAUGAAGAGACAGAGAACAGGAAUUCCUGAUGAUUUGCUACAGGACAUGCUGAGAGGAAAGUUGCGAAUUCUAGAGAAUGACUGUGGGGAGGUCACAACCCUCCUCAGCGAGCUUUCAGCCAGGCUGCUGUCCAUUUAUAGUGACCAAGACAGGAUGGUGAUUACUUUUCAAACUUUCGAAGAAAUCUGGAAAUUUUCAUCAUAUUACUCACUAGGUUUGAUUGGUCAUUGCCUGGAGAAUCUAUUGUUCGAUCAAGAAUUUUGGCUGAAUUAUCUAAAUGAAGAUGCCAUGCUUGACGUCCAAAUAGAUGAAGAUUCUCUCAAAAUGAUGCGCAAAGACCUUUUACAGGAAGGGGUAUUUUCCAUAAGCUAUCCACUCCGCCAUCAAAGAUGUGAAGAAGACCUGCAGCCGGAAAUGAAUGCAAUUGUUAGCGUUGACGGUGCAACAAUUGGUUCCAGAUGGCUUGAAGAGACGACGUCCGGUGGAAAUAAAGUUUUGGUUCCAGAAUCACAUGGGGAGUUUAUUGACCCUUUUCACCAGUGGUUUUUCAAAAGACACCAGGAAGGAACAAUGCCAAAUGCCGAGGCUGCAGAAUUUUCCUGUGCACUGGGAACUGGCACCUGCGUGGCAGCAGUUGAUUGUGAAGACACUGGCCUAGACGAGCUGAGCUUCCAGACGGGUGACAGGAUACAGGUCGUCGGCUUGCUCAGCUCAUGUAUGCAGUGGUUUCUGGGGAAAAAUGAAACAACCAGACAAACUGGAUUUGUAAAAAUAAGUCACGUGAAACCAGAUGACUUUGUGUCACAGUCAAAGGACCUGCUGUUUGUCGAUGAGGCGGAAAAACAUGUCUUUGUGGAGUGUGAAAAGUUCACUGAUGAAGACUCCAUUAAGUUGCUCAAACACAUGGCACAGACUGACAUCAGUGAGGUUUAUCAAAUGGACACGCUGGAACCAAUCGAUUUCCAGGAGGAUAUAAAAGGAGCCGACCAUACUCCAAGUAAACUGGACAUUGCAGCCUUGAAAGCCAAGCUGAAUGAAGAUGUGUGCAGGUUUAAGGGGAGAGAGUGCGUGCAAUCAGAGAAAGAGAGGGAAGCGAUUGGACAAGAUCCUAUAGCAUACAAUCGAAAGGAUGCACCAGAAUUUGAAAGGCCACAUGAGUCACCACCGUUUCAUGUUGGUAACUCGCAAGUCCUAGACAACACUGAAAUGCUUCAUCCUUUAUUGGUCUUCUUGGAUAAUCAAGAAUUCUGCAAGGACUUUGAAAACCUUUAUGACUCCAGUUUUUCUUUCCUCACAUCCACUUUUUCUGGCUACCAUGAAGUGAAGGGAUUGAUUCGAUAUCUUGAGGUGGCCCGGGAAGCAGCAAGAAAGCGACAGAUGCAGUGGGCUCAAACGAGGCUCGCUUUUCUCCUGGGCAGAAUGUGCGCCCAGAACUUCAAGUUCUCGCAGGCAAGAGUUUACUUUGAAGAGGCCCAAUGCCUGAUGAGUGGAUGUUUCACCGACCUGUUUCUCCUAAUUGCUGUGUACACCAACCUUGUUGCCAUCUACUUGAAACAGAAGAACCAGGAGAAAUACUCUGCCCUUUUUGGGAAGAUUGCAGUCUUGCUCAUGGGUAUCCCCAACUACAUCAGCUCCUCGGACACAGAAGCUGAGAUACUGAGAUACAUUUUGAAGAAGGCAGUGCUUACAGAAAAUAGACUUGCUGAAGCAAGAGCAUGCUUCCUUUUGGCAAAAUUUCAUCUAAAGCUUAAACAGUAUGAAGAAGGGCUGCCCUUCGUUGAAAGGCUACAGUUCUUGAGAAAUGCCACGGAGUUGGAACAUGGGACCUCUUUAGACUUUUAUUUUACUCUUGGAUCACUGUAUUAUCAAGAAUGUCUACCAAAUCUUGCUAUAAGUUGUGUGAAGCGUUCAUGUUUACAGCCCACAAGAACAUUAAUGGAUUGGUUGAAAUGCACUAACUUUAUAAUGAAAAGGGCCUGUAAAGUGGGUGGAGAGACACCAAUGAUUCCAACACAGGUGGCUCCUUGCCUCCAGCGGGCACUCUCUGCAGCAAACAGCCUUGAUAAGGGCAACAUUAGUCCAACCAUUUGCCUCAGCUUGUCGAAAAUGUAUAAACUUCAUGGAAAAUACGAGAAAGCAAUUCACUAUAUGGAAAUGGCCAUUAACAUUGGAGCUACUGCUAGUGUUGAGGAGGUUAUUAAUGCACUCAUUUCUCUUGCAUGGUUGCACAUUCUGAAUAGCCAACCUACAAAAGCCAUUGAAUUGUUAAAUAUUCUACUGGAAUCCACCUCCGUCCUGAAUUGUUCGGUGCAACGGGGAGUUGUUUACAAUAUGAUAGCGAUCUCAAUGAGAAAAAUGAAAAAUGUCAAGGAAGCUUUGAAAAGCUACAUUGCAGCUGUUUUGAUCUCCUUGAAUUCAGAAAAGAUACUUAACCAAGCCAUUGCCCAUGCAAACUUUGGUUUGCUUUGCCUUUGGUCAAAGAUUAGUCAACUUUCUGAACAUUUACUUUUAAAAUCCGUUCAUCUUUUCUUUGAAUCGCAAAGUCCACAAUCCGAUGAAAAUCUUAUCCAGGUUCUAAUUAUGCUGGGACACCAUUAUAUUGAUCAAGAAUUGCAAGAAAAUGGGAUAUUUUGUUAUGAAUGUGCACUUCUGAUUGCAUUGAAAGCAAAUCUUAUUGAAAGCCAAGUACAAGUUACUCAGUUGCUGUGCCAAUUUUACAGUUCGAUCCUACCAAAUGAGGCCCAGUGUAUCGUCUACAAUGAAUUUCUGCUUUACCUUGCCCGUAAGUUGGCCAACAAGGAACUCGAGGGCCAUGUUCUACAAAACACCAGUCAACUGUACCUCAACUUGGGAACUGAAAGGGCGUUCAGAACAGCAUUGGAGUACACCAAACAGAGUCUUAGGAUCUUUAUUGAUCUGAAGAAAAAAGAGGAGGAGACUUAUGCUUGGCUGCAGGCUGGGAAGAUAUAUUAUAUUCUGGAAAAGAAUGAACUGGUGGACGUGUACAUCCAGGUUGCCCAAGAGGCUGCCAUGAACACAGAAAGUCUGGAGUUUGCAAUGAAAAUUUUAGAAGCCGCCGGAGAUGUGUUUUUUAAUGGUUCAAAGGCCAGAGAGAAAGCCAUAUCAUUCUAUAGGGAUCAAGCUCUUCCACUUGCUCUUAAAAGUAAAAACAUGAAGGUGGAGCUCAGACUUUGCAACAAACUGGCUGAACUUCUGCUGCAAGUGAACAUCCAUUCAGAAGCCCUAAAAUAUGCCCAGACGGCUUUGAUGCUCAGCAUGACCCUUGGCGAUGCACUCAAUGAGCGUGUGGCUUAUCAUCGAUUGGCAACAGUACACCACUCCCUUGGUCAGUGUGAGAUGGCUGAACAUUUCUAUCUCAAGGCACUGUCCCUUUGCUCCCACCCAAUGGAGUUUGAUGAAGAAACCAUAUACUAUGUCAAAGUUUAUUGUCAGCUGGGAGACAUUACAUUCUAUGAUCUGAAGGACCCACGUGAUGCAGAAAAUUACUACCACUUUGCUCUAGCUGCAGCCAUGGAUUUGGGCAGUAAGAAAUCUCAGCUGAAGAUCUGCACUAGACUUGCCACCAUUUACCACAAUUUUCUUGUGGAUCGGGAAAUGUCACUUUAUUACUAUCAGAAGGCAAGAAAAUUUGCUGCUGAACUUAACAUUCGAAGAUUAAACCUCUCUCCAGUCGAAUUUUAUACAUCUACAACAGUGAAAACCUCAAAAUCCUUCUCUUAAAAUUUUAACUGGCCACUGUGCUACUUCCGGGCAAUUAAUUUUAAGUAACGCUAACAAAGGCUAAAUCGGGGAGAUGUGAAAUGUAACAUGCUAAUAUCAAAGUCUCCUUUCUGCUUUCAUCUUCAUUAAUGGGAUGGAACUGCAGAUGCUGGUUUAAACCGAAGAUAGACACAAAAUGCUGGAGUUACUCCGCGGGACAGGCAGCAUCUUUGGAGAGAAGAAAUGGGUGACGUUCCGUGUCUGAAAAAGGGUCUCGACACAAAACGUCACCUUUCCUUCUCUCCAGAGAUGCUGCCUAUCCCACCGAGUUACUCCAGCAUUUUGCGUCUUUCUUCAUUUUCAUUAGCUUUGUUUGGCUGUGAUAGUUAUUUCUGCAGGAAGUAAUAAUGACUGUGGCCAAGCAAUCUUCCAGUCUAAGCCAAGAAGGAUUUGUGCUUUGUUGUCAACAUUUUAGCCGCUGUCGGCUUCUAUAUUUGUUAAAAAAUAUCUGUGCCUGUAGUAAUAAUUUUGAACAAAUAUUUACUGGAGAACAAGCCGACAAACAUACACAAAAGGAUACAUUUUGGAGCUUCGAUGCAGUUGAUAAAUUAGGAUGUCAGUAUGGAGCAGUGGUUUUUGAACUGAGCCUUAUCAGCCCUUCUCACUGACGUCAUUAUCUACUGCAUCGCACAUCUGCCUUUAAUAAUGGUUUUGAUAGUAGACCAGCAUUUGACAGGAAUUUGACCUUAAAUAAACCGCAGUUGUUGAUGGAUAAACUCGUGGCAUGCCUUAGACUAGUAAAAUUAUUACCGAGAUGCUUAAAUUUAUGACCAUUUUUACACAAGGAAAAUAUCACUUGCAAUGAAUGCAAACCUUCUCAUUUAGCCUUUUCAAGGAUUAACAUUCAAUUUUGUGUCAAAUAUUUGGCGAAAAGCAGUUUGGUUGCUAGACUUUUCACAAAAGCAUUGGAAAUAGUUCAGAGGCCAUGAAAAUCCAUUCGCAGCCUCUGCCAAAUUUAAAAUAAUAAUGAAAAUGAAGGGAAAGAAAGGCCCAAGUUUGCAAAUGAAUGCAAAUCUGGCCUUGUUUACUCCUACGACAAUUUGGAUUGAGAACGUUGGCCCUUUGCUUAUGCCCAUAUAACAUGGCAGGCGACAUUUCGAGCUACCCUGGACUGUGCAUUGCUCAUUGACAAUUUCACCAAUUCUAAGACAUUUAUUUAAGUGGCAUUUUGGUAAGUGUGAUCAGACAGGGUAAAUAUUUUGAUUAGGCUGCUGUGAAUACUGCUGAUAACAUGGCAUAUCCUUGUGGUGCCAUAAAGUCCCAUUUACCCUUUUCUAAGUGUGAAGCUACUGGGGAACAUCCAUCUGCUUUUAGCUGCAGAUGCAAGUUUGAAGAUCUCUACCCAAGAGUAAAAUACAGUGGAUGUUGCGAAACCUGAUAUUAAAAAAAAAAAAGAAAAUGCUGAGAAAUCUCAGCAACUCUGGCCACAUCUACAGUGGGAAACAAAAUUGGGUGGGGGGGGGGGGGUUGAGCUGAUUCACCUUUUUGUGGUUGUUAACCUGAAACAUUACAUCCAUUAUGCCCCACCCCCCACCCACUGCUGGGUUGCUAAGCAUUCUUUUUUUUAAUUUAUCCAAGAACUGGGCAGAACGCAUCACAUUUGCAAACUAAAUGUCUGUUAAGCCCUCUGCUAUCAUAUUCAAGAAAACCAUAUAGCUUUGGAAAACUACCCAUCCCGAGGAGGUUGAAAGUUGCCAAAGGCUUAGCAGAAAGAACAUGAAAUGCUAUAGUGGAAGAGGAGUGCAGGCACCAAAGUGGCAGAUGCUUCAUUGCCAACUGUGUGGUUGAUCGUAGUUCAUUCCUAGGCAGUGCUUAGAUUCAUUUAAUGAUAUUUAUCGGGGGGGCGGGGAGUCUGCACAAGAACAUUUUGUUUGGGAAUAGCUAAGUUGUUUGUUAUAAAGUGUUAUCACAAAGUCAGUACCUUCCCACAUAAUUAUAAAUGUUGACCAAUAUCUAUUGGUAAUAUAGGUCACCGAUCAAUUAUUAGAGGUGUUGCAAAUUAAAGGGGCUAGAUUUUUCCUUUUCUUUAGAUUCACUACUAGAUGUGGGUUUUAAAGGAAUUUCCCUACAAACCCAACUUCCACCACAACCCACCUUGUUUCCCUGAUUUUGCCCCCAUUAUUAGGUAUCCAUUGCAAUGUCAGAAGGAAUAGGAAGGUAUGUUUUUGAAUAGGUCACUUGGAGAAAUGUUUUAUGAUGAAAUCCUCUGAUCUGGGGAUGGGAAGCCAUACCCACGCUGAAACUCACGCUAAGAAACACGGGCAAAACUCGCGCUGUUCCAGAGUAGAAGAGAGAUGAGUAAAAAUAUGGCACACGAUUUAGUCGUAAGAAUUGGAGGAAGCAUUAUUGAGGACAGAGCAGAAUAUGUAGAACGUAUCCUUCCCCCUCCCUCUGCCACUAUGUAUAAAGGCACAAUGCAAUGCGAGCAACUCUUGUUGAAAAGUACAUCCAGUAUCUGACGAGCAAGACUUUUGAUUGUCUUACUAUGAUGUGAUUCCUGCUGUAACGAGCAUAGGUUAAUAAUCACAAUCACGUCAAAACGAGGACAAUUGCUGAAUAAAUUUGAACGUAUGUCAAAAACGUGUCUGCAUGAGAUGCGAGACAGCAUGUGCGUCUGCAUCGACAAGGAAUGAUGCAAACGGAAGUUGAUCAUAAGUAAAUGAUAUUUUGGAUGUUGAUAAUGGAGACAAAAGAAGAUUUUUCCAAAUUAAUGUUUGAGGUGUAAUUAUAGUGUUCAUUGUUGAGAUACGACGCAAUUGUUUGGAUUUAAAUGUAAAAUGUCUGUUUUGCCAUUGUUCUGAAUCCAAAAUAUGACUUGAAUAUACGAGGGUUACUGGAAUCCAAUCAUUGUCUUCUUUCUUGUGUUCUUAAACUGUUCAAUUUUUAAUUUUACACCAUCAGAACUGAAGAUAGACAUGUGACACUUAUAAUGACCUGAAAAGUGGAUGCAAUUUUGUGCAAAAUGUCAGCAGCUCACAGUCUUUGCCAGCUGUGGUAAUAAAGGUUUAUACUUACUGGCUAACUGCUUUACUUUAUUUCCUGUUGCAUCCCAUCGCAAACAUAUGAGUUACCAGAAGGUCAAUA